AUGGCUCACACGGGACCCAAUUGCGAUGACAGCCACACUCGGAAACGCGGUCCAAUGGGGUCACCCUUAACUGGAUUCCUUGCCGAAAUAACAAUGCAGAAGCUAGAAUCAACGGCCCUUCCAUCGAUCAUCUCUAAGUUAUGGUUGAAGGCGCAAGCAAUGCAUGUGGGCGUAAAUUAUGCCACUCUUGACAACGAAAGACAACGUCAAGAGGACCUGCUUCAUGAACUCCGAGGACUUGAGGCAGAACUAUCUUCCCCUCUGCUCAACAAAACGCAAUUACCACAGUUAGCAUCCAGCGUUGGUGUUGAACUCGACCUUAACACAAAAUGCUUAAAAUAUUUGACAGGCAUUUCAGAGCUGGAGCAUUACGUGGCGGAUGUCGCAGCCCAAUUUGCCAACCGAUCAAUCGAAUUGAGUAAUCCCAAUGCCGUCCAUUCAGCUGUUUACACUUACAAGUUCUUCCAUGAGGCCAAUGAAGUUGAGUCGAAGCUGGAGAGCCAGGUUAUCAUCGCCGAGAAUAGCCAGGAAUUCAACCCCGGACGACGGAUCUACAGUGAGACGUCAAAGUUAGCCAACGAAAUAAGGGUAAGAUACAUAGGCUCUUGGAGUUAUUUUCCCUCUUUGUACAAUCACUUUUCUCCUUAG